UCUCAGCCAAUGGGAGGCCGGGAGGUUAUGACGGUGUCAGUGGGUGUGACCCCGCAGGAGGAAGCGUCAAGCCACCGAACAAUAUAACAAAGUUUCAAGACGAUGGCCGACAAGACUGUGGAUGGUGGGCCGUGGACCGGAUGUGCCGUCAUGUUCCUGCGCUCCCUCUGUCCUGGUGUGAACCUGCUCUCUCUCUUCAAAGACAGAGAACAGGGAAAGUUCAUCGUUUUUAAAGUCAUCAAGCUGACACUCACAGAUUCUGCCGGAGGUCUGGGCGGUCACGAGAUACUUAAGGUCCAUGACGCCGACCCGUUUCUGGGGGUGGAGAUGAAGUUCGAGGACAUGUUGGCAUGUCGGCAGUUCCUGGAGAGCUACAGCUCAGGGGCGGUACGUCAGUCCCUCUCUCAACACGCCGGCCGACUUCUUACUCUUCCCCAGGAGUUCACUGUGGAAACUCAGCUCAAGGCCAGCACACACAUCCUGGACCUCUAUCUGGACCAGCUGGAGCUCUGCUUGCAGCACAUCCACCUGUCACAGCCCGAGCGCCUGCGCGAUGAGGAGAUUGAACAUCUGGAGGAGCAGCUGCAGACUCAGGUCCGCGGCCCUGUCCCUCAGCCUGCCCCCCCCACACAGGAAGAGUGUCCCGUCCCCAGCAACUGCUUCAAGUUUCAGAAUAAAGUGUUUGAGGACCGAAUGCUGAGCGCGGGAGACGUUCAGAGCUUUUCUAACGGAGUGGGCCGACAUUGGAAGCACGUGGGCAGGGCCCUGGGUAAGAGCUGCCGGGCUCUGAAGGGCCUGGCCAUAGACAACCUGGCCUACGAGUACGAGAGAGAAGGGCUGUACGAGCAAGCCUACCAGCUGCUCAGUCGCUUCAUCCAGGCAGAGGGGAGGGCGGCCAAGCUGAGCCGACUGGUCAAAGCGCUGGAGGACUGCAAACUCACCAGCCUGGCGGAAAGUAUUCUGGAGAUUCAGCCACGAGAGUGACUGGUCGUUCUCUGGUUCAGUUUUUAAAAACUGAGGGGUGACGGAUCCUCUCCGCAUGAGGAUGGUUGACAUUGUCCUUCCUGCUUAUAAUAUACAGUACGUUUGUUAUUGAUUGAUCGUCUGUCAGUCAAAGUCAUUCCCGUGUGUGUGUGUGUGUGUGUGUGUGUGUGUGUGGCGUGCAUGUUGUGUGAACACAUUAGAGCUGUGUAAAUCAAUUGAUCAUGAUUUGUUUUUCAAUUAUUAGUGAUAUUGUUUCAUUUAGAGGAAAUGAUCUGACCUUUUAAAGGACAUGCUGUCAUGAGUUUAAUGCACUGCUUGAACUUAUUCGUGCUUGGUGUCAUUUUACAGAGGAAACCUUAGGUUUAAGGUUAUUCUUUCUUUUCUAAAAAAUGGGUGCAUACAAAUUAAAUUGUUGUAUGAAAAAAGUCAUGUCUAUGUUCAAUACAUUAGUGUAAUUAAAUCUGAAAACGUAA